CUGUGGAAAUGGCAAGGCACAUCACAUUUUUACAUCUACUAUCAGUCGGUCAGUCGUGCUGUGCUUCAUGUACUUCAAGCGUAUGAGAAACAGGGCAUCGUAACGUUGAUCCAAUGGAGAACACUACCAAAAUCUGAUGAAAUCGACCCAAAUAGGUCAAUUUAUCGAAUCGGUCAUUCGCUGUCGCAUAACGAUUGUCUUCAUCGGUCAAACGCCCGUUUUGUGGCACUUGUCGAUAUUGAUGAACUCAUUAUUCCGAAGUAA